CACGCUUGGAGUAUGGCAAAUCUAUAAUCCAUCGUCAGCAACAAUAUUGACAUUGAAUAAAUAAAAUUGCACCACGACAAUAUCGAAGAAAGAGGCACGUUGUCGUUUUCCCUGAUUAAAAAAAGUACUUUGUCACAGAUUACAAGAUAUCAGACACACUAACUAGAAAUGGAAAAUCAGCUUCCUCAAUUAGUGUCAGAUGCUGUUUUAGUCAAAAGUGGAGCUAUGCCAGAAGGCUCAGAAACAGUGAAGGGUUAUGAUUUCAACAAUGGUGUCAAUUACCAUGAGUUAUUGGAGUCUUAUAAGAGAUGUGGAUUUCAAGCAACUAAUUUUGGUAAAGCUGUAGAGGAAAUAAAUAAAAUGAUUGAUAAAAAGAUGGAAGGAAUACCAGAGGAGAAGAAGGAAGACUACUAUGACAAUCCAUGUAACAGACAGAGAAGUAACUGUACUAUUUUUCUUGGCUUUACCUCUAAUAUGAUUUCUACUGGUGUUCGUGAGAUGCUUAGGUACCUUGCUGAACAUAAUAUGGUUGAUUGCAUAGUAACAACAGCAGGCGGUAUAGAGGAAGACUUUAUCAAAUGUUUAGCUCCCACUUACCUCGGUGAUUUCAACAAGUACAAAGGAGGAGAUCUUAGAGACAGGGGUAUAAAUAGAAUUGGCAACUUAUUAGUACCUAAUGACAACUACUGUAAAUUUGAAGACUGGUUGAUGCCAAUUUUAGAUAAAAUGUUGGAGGAACAGAAAACAGAGGGCACUCAUUGGACUCCAUCUAAGGUAAUCGAUAGACUAGGGAAAGAGAUUGACGAUCCAGAAUCUGUUUAUUACUGGACACACAAGAACAACAUUCCAGUUUUCUGUCCAGCUUUAACAGAUGGAUCUUUAGGUGAUAUGAUUUAUUUCCACUCCUACAAAAACCCAGGACUUAUUAUAGAUCUAGUUGAAGAUAUAAAAAGAAUAAACAACCAAGCAGUAUAUGCCUUGAAUACAGGAAUGAUAAUUAUUGGAGGUGGAGUGAUCAAACAUCAUAUAUGUAAUGCUAAUUUAAUGAGAAAUGGAGCUGAUUUUAGUGUAUUUAUUAACACAGCCUCUGAGUUUGAUGGGAGUGACUCUGGUGCAAGGCCAGACGAAGCAAUAUCCUGGGGAAAGAUUAAAAAAACAGCUACACCUGCUAAGGUUUAUGGAGAGGCAACAUUGAUAUUUCCUUUAAUAAUGGCUGAAACAUUCGCAAGGAGGGAAAAAGAAUUCAAGGAACUUAAAGCUCAAAAUGAACACAGACCAUAGUCAGCAGCAUAAUCAAUAACCUAUCAUCCAAAAGCUAAAUAACCUGGGUCUAAACUAUCCCAGGAUAAGAGGAUAGUCUUCAGAACAGAAUCAGAGGUCUGAAUCUAACUCAGGAACAUGACCUGACAGAGAUCAAGAUGCUUAUCCGACAAAGAAAGUUCUUGAUCACAAGUGGCAUGAAGGGCUGUUCUUAUAUCUUUCUUUUCUCUCUCAGAAAAGGGAAACAUUACAUUACUCUUCAAAAAUUUGCCCUUUUUGGAAAAAGUAUCAAACAGUUCCUUCUUGAAGUUAAACAUUCAAAGGAGCAUAUUUUGCAUGUAAUUUUAAUUUUAAUAUUAAAAAAAAAUGAUUGAUAACUGAUCAUUUUGCUGCAAAACAUUUAUAUAUAAAAGUGCACAUUUUCUCCAUAGAUUGGUUUUGAUUUAUUUAUUAUUUUGCUGUGCUCUAAGGAGAUAAAAUGAUAGAUUGGUUUUAAUUUAUUUAUUAUUUUGCUGUGCAUAAGGAGAUAAAAUGACCAAAAUACUUUUUUUUCUUUUCUAACAUAAUUCUGUGUCUACUCUUGAAAUCUAAUAUAUAUUUCUUAAUUAAUAUUCUAAGAUUAUGCCAUGCAUUUGUUUUAACAAGUGUGUUUACAAACAAAUGUAAAGAUGUUCAUACAACAUUGAAUCAUGACUAGCUGAUUAGUAGUGAUAUGAAAUACUGUGGAUUCAUUAUUAUUCGUUGGAUACCAAUUUUUUGUGGAUUUCGUGGGUACAGGUAAACCACGAAAUCAAAUGUUCAACAAAUUUUAAAUUUUCUAUGUAGACUUCAGCAAAACCACGAAAUUAAAUUUCCAUGAACAUGUAAGUUUUCUUGAAUCCACAAAAAUUGGUACCAACGAAAAUAAAUGAAUCCACAAUAUACCUUGAAGGCUUUUAUCAAAUUUAUAAUGUAUGAAAUCUGAUGAGUUUGAAUGAAAUUAAGAAAACUGUUUUAAUCAUAUUUUCUUUAUUUUCAAUAGUGCAUGUGUACAGAUAUUAAACACAAAUCAAUGUUAAUAUUUCUGCAUAUUGUUUAAGCUU